GACACGGAGAGUAUGUCUUCACGUUCUGCGACCCCAUGUGACCUGUGACUUGCUCCUGUGAAGCGUCGGUUGAGUGAGAGAGUGUUGUGAGGUGGGAGUGCAGUGAAGUGCCAUGGAGACCUGUUAUCCCGUCUUUGUCGUGUUGGUAGCCCUGAUGACGACCGGAGCAGAAGCUACGAAACCUGUACCGGAACACCAAGUGGCAAUAAUGGACAUUCAAGCUGUGGAGGGCAAAAGAGUGGAGCUACCUUGUAACGUUACACCUCCAGGCCAUGACAAACUUUACAUGGUCCUUUGGUUCAAGGCGGACGCUGGAAUUCCAUUAUAUAGUUUUGACAUGAGAGGUAAGCCAGCCCACCAGGCCCGCCAUUGGUCAGCUAAAGAAGUAUUUGGUGACCGUGCCUUCUUCAGGACGGGACCGGAACCCGCCAUGUUGGUCCUGGAAGGGAUACGUCGUCACGAUGAAGGACUGUACCGCUGCAGGGUCGACUUCCGGAACACGCCGACACGCAGUUUCCGGUACAACUUGACCAUCGUGGUUCCCCCUGAGUAUCCAGCCAUCUUCGACCGUUACGGGCGCCAACUCAACGGUUCGUUGGGUCCGUAUAAGGAAGGAGACAACAUCAGCCUCACCUGCCGAGUUGUUGGAGGACGACCUGAACCCACAGUGAGAUGGUUGGUGAAUGGCCAGCUUGUGGACGAGGAGUACGAACACAAUUCUGGUGACGUCAUCGAGAACCGACUUACUUGGGCGAACGUCCUGCGAAAGGACCUAGAGUCCGUUUUCAGCUGCCAGGCUUCCAACACUAAUCUUACCGACCCACGGGAGACAUCGCUCGUCCUGGAUCUAUUUUUGAAGCCUCUGACGGCCCGGAUACACUCCUCCAAGUCCCCACUGGUGGCAGAUAUGUCGUAUGAUAUCAUCUGUGACUCCGCAGGCUCUAGACCCCCGGCCGUCAUCACGUGGUACAAAGGAAAGCAUCACGUCAAGAAAGCAAAGGAAGAAGUACGGGAGAACCAAAACGUCACGACCAGUAUGAUGACGUUUGAGCCAACGACGGAGGACGAUGGCAAAGUCAUCACUUGCCGAGCUGAGAACCCCAACGUUACAGGGCUCUUCCACGAAGCAGUGUGGAACAUUGAUGUUGUCUAUACUCCCAUUGUAUCUUUACGACUGGGAAGCACCCUAAAUGCCUCGGACAUUAAGGAAGGUGACGAUGUCUACUUCGAGUGUCACGUAAGAGCCAACCCUCCAUGGAGGCGCCUUACUUGGCUACACAACGGUGUGGUGCUGAGUCACAAUGUGUCAGCACGUCUAAUCCUGAUCAACCAGAGUCUCGUGCUGCAGAAGGUCACCAGACAGAAUGCAGGUAGCUACUCCUGUCUCGCCGUCAACAACGAGGGAGAGACUAACAGCAAUACCUUGGACCUCAGGGUUAAGUAUGCGCCGACCUGCAAACAGGAUCGGAUCCUAGUCGUGGGAGCCUCACGGUCGGAGAACCUGGACAUCGCGUGUGAAGUGGACGCAGAUCCUCCUGCCCGCAGUUUCCGCUGGAAGUUCAAUAACUCUGGGGAGACGCUGAACGUGGGUCCGGAGCGGUUCUCGGCUAACGGCACGGUCAGUGUGCUGAAGUACACCCCUGUGGCAGAUCUGGACUACGGAACAUUGAGCUGUUGGGCAGACAACGCCAUCGGAACCCAAGCGUCACCUUGUCUCUUCCAAGUCGUGGCUGCCGGAAAGCCGUUUGCAGUGCGCAACUGCUCGCUGUCCAACCAGACAGCCAACUCGGUGGAGGUUUCCUGCUACGCCGGGUUUGACGGAGGGCUCCCUCAGGUGUUCCUGCUAGAGCUGUAUUCUGGUGACUCAGCGGUGCCCAGGUACAACCUGACCUCGGACUCUCCUUACUUCCAACUGGCCGACCUCGAGCCAGACGUGCUCUUCAGGGUGGUAGUCUUCGCCGUCAACUCCAAAGGUCGAUCCCCAGGAGUAGUCCUGGAGGAGCUCACGUUUAGAGAUCCAGAGAAGAGGACAGGUGGAGAGGCGGACGAAUCGCUGUCAUCAGUUAUUGGUGUGUCGGUUGGCGCUGCAGUUACAGUUCUGCUGGUGAUGGUGUGUGUGCUGGUGAGGGUCAGACACAGCGGGUCGGGCCAUGAGCACCGCCUCAUGGCGGACAAGGUGACACUUCCACCUCCGGAUAAGCCGGCGAACAGAGAGCCGCCGGAUGAGAGAGAUCCGGACGUCAUUCCUGCCAAGUUUGACCCGGUCGGAGUGGUUGGCAAUGGCACUGUGGUUCGAAAUCCUCAAAAUGCUGGAAGUGCUGAAAUGAGUGACCCACUCCACUGGCAUCAGAACGGCGGCCAGCUGCGGCACCUGGACAGUAACCAGCCGUACUCGUGGGAGUUGAAUAGAAUGUCUCAGACUUAUAACGGCGGCCAGCUGCGGCACCUGGACAAACAGCGGCACCUGGACAGUAACCAGCCGUACUCGUGGGAGUUGUAUAGAAUGUCUCAGACUUAUAACGGCGGCCAGCUGCGGCACCUGGACAGUAACCAGCCGUACUCGUGGGAGUUGUAUAGAAUGUCUCAGACUUAUAACGGCGGCCAGCUGCGGCACCUGGACAGUAACCAGCCGUACUCGUGGGAGUUGUAUAGAAUGUCUCAGACUUAUGUAAAAUGGCAGCUGUGGCACCUGGACAGUAACCAGCCGUACUCGUGGGAGUUGUAUAGAAUGACUCAGACUUAUAACGGCGGAACGGCGGCCAGCUGUGGCACCUGGACAGUAACCCAGCCGUACUCGUGGGAGUUGUAUAGAAUGACUCAGACUUAUAACGGCGGCCAGCUGCGGCACCUGGACAGUAACCAGCCGUACUCGUGGAAGUUAACGGCGGCCAGCAGCGGCACCUGGACGGACAGUAACCAGCCGUACUCGUGGGAGUUGAAUAGAAUGACUCAGACUUAUAACGGCGGCCAGCAGCGGCACCUGGACAGUAACCAGCCGUACUCGUGGGAGUUGCGGCCCAAAGACCUCUGCCUGCCGGGACACCCGGUGGCUGGGGACCCGGAGCUGAACGGUACCGCCAUAAAGGAACGACUCAUGGCGAGCAGACUCCCAGAAAGUUGCGUAUGAUUUGUAUCCUAGGUCCGUACUGAACACUGAACUCUGUGAUAGUUGCAAUAUUUCACUGAACCCACCAGGCGUCUAGUAGGUACUAUUUGCUCUUUAAAAGGUACUGCAAUAACCUGGGUGCUUGUCAUCAAAUUAAUUAAUUUGGAAAUAUUAUUUAUAAAUGCCACAGUAUCGUAAAUAAAUAAUAAAUCAAUACCAAACUUUAAAUUAUUAUUAGAACUAAAUUUAUGUAGAAAUUGAUAACGACUAGUAAUAUUUAUAACACAAUUAACUGAGUCUGAAAAAAAAUUUAAUUUUCUUAUAUUUUAUAAACAUUUAUUUUUAAAUUAUUGUUACAUUUACUUGUUUGCUUGGUUGAGCUCACUAAUAGCAAGCAAUUAUUUUCCAAGAAAAUUGACGAAAAUAAAUCUCAUUCUAAUUUUAAAUUAACAUGUAGUUUUUAACACGUGCAAUAGGUUUAUUAAGUAUAGUUGAUUUAAACCUCAUAACUAUAGACUUUCUAAGCCUGAACUUUUUCACUAAAGUUUUAGUGUUAUUUCACGUAGAAUUUUUUUACUCAAGUGAAAUAAAACAUUAUAUGACAUACUUAAAGUUUCCAUUAUAUAUUAUACCGCACAAGAGCGUAUAUAAUGUCUUUAUCUUGUUGCAUAACGUGCAAAAGCUUUUAAAUGUCAUUUGCAUCCAAAAUGCUAACUAUUAAUUUUAAUAUCGGUAAUUUUUAUUUAAAGUUGCAUGCUAACAUUAUAUAACGUUUAUACAUUAACAAACAAAAGAUAAGAAUUGGCAUAUCCUUUUAAAAAUACCAAAAAUACGGAAUCAUAAAAAAUACUAUUCUUCUCCGUAUUGACGUAAAUAUAUGCACACAUUUCACACUUAUAAUGGGUACUGAAAGACUAAAAUGUGCUAAUCAUAAAGCCAGCCACAAUGCACCAGAUGCAUAAUUAUUUUUGGGUUUUUGUUCCUGAGUUUCAGACAUAAUAAUCGAUUCCAAAUAUUUAUUAAAGUUUGUAAAUUGUUAAUUAAUUUUUCAUGUUUUGGUUCAACAUUGUUUAAAAUGAAACCUCUGUAUCUUUAAAGAUAAAAACCAGUGGGAUGGAUGUGACAAAACUAUUUCAAGGCUCAACACAAAAGAUCAUAUAAAUAUAUCAAAGAUGCAAAAAAUUGUGGUAGUAAAUUAUAUGAUUUUAAGAUGCCUGGUUGGUAUAAAAAGUGAAUGUAUAUAGUAGGUAGAUCAUUUGAAUUUUACUGGCAUAUCCCGUGAUAGCAAAAAAAACUUCCAAUUGUUUUAUAACUUUGUCUAUAAUGUACAGAAGUGUUUGGCCUAUUUAUAAAUAUAAUGUUUCUUAAGUUUCCAUGUAAGAAAGGUAAUAUCCUGUACAUAUCAUUGUGUAUAUUGUUCAUGUUACUUAUAUCGAUUUCAAAAUCAUUGUCAAAUAUCAUGAUUGGUAAUUUAGUGAGUUAAUAAUAUAACGAAGUCGGUUUAUAUAACUGUAAAUAGUUAAAGAAUGCUAUAUUGUAACAUAUCUUCUUUAUAGAAAUUCACGACGGCAUUUUUACAUUUGUUUAGAGAUAAAUUUUUCCAUAAAACGAAUGGGUUAUAUUGGUUUAAAUAGUUCUUUUAAUAUGUUUUGCAGUUAUGUACAUUUUUUAUUUUAGGUUAGUAACGAAUAAAUUGCGUACUACACUUUAAAAUACAGAUUUGAAUACGUAUACAUUGAAAUAUCUAGAAACUUAAGAAUACUUUUAUCUCGCUUCUUCCUGGAAUAUAAAUAUGAAAUUAAAAGAUUAUUAUUAAUUUACUGAUUUAGUUAACGGUUUCUAAACAAAAAUAUUUUAAUGUUAUUCAAAUUUAAACACAAGUAAUAUGCGUACGGUUGUAUUAUUAUUUAUUGAAUCACACUUUAGUGAUAUUACCAGUUUAAUAAUCAAGAAGUCCAAAAACUUACUCAGUAUCUUUUGAAAUACGAAAAAUCAUUUACUACAAUUAAACGUGAAACGUAUUUCCAUUUGUUAGUGUAACAAAAUUAUGAAUCAAUUAAUUUAAGAUAACUUUAGUUUGCAAUAAAAUGGCGGUUAGAAUAUUUUAUUGUUUAAUGUAAAUUAAUUAAUAGUUCAAUGUUAGCCAAAUCUCUUUAUUUUAUUUUUUAUGCCUUAUAAAAUAUGUGGUGCUAAUACUUAAGUGACAUUAAUUAUCCUUGUUCCUUGUUAUUUAAGAUAUCAAUUUUUAUUUCAUAAUUAACAGCCAUUAUAUAUCUUUUUAAUAGUAAGACGAAAGUAGUUAUGUUUGAUAAAUAAUUUCUAUUUAUAUUGAUAAAAAUAUUUUCAAUUAAUUUAACAUCUGUAAUAGGGUAAUAAAUAUACUACAUGCUUUAAUUGUUCCUUUAAAAAACAAAAACAGGUUUCAAACGGAAUGUACUUUACAGUUUUAGUACACUAAAUAUUACAUACAUACAUACAUACACUAGCUUAUCUCUUAAUCAUUAAAAAUGUUUAAAAAAUCUGAACUUUAUGUCAUGAUGACUGUCACCAUCAAAAUAAAUGCGAUUGUAGAGUAAACGAAAUAAUACGCUCUUUGCGUUAUAAUUAUCAAAGGAACAACUUCAUAAGCCAUAUGUAUUGUUACAUUAAAAAAUUUUUAUUUUAAGCUUUUUUACUUGAAUUUAAUAUUAUUUUAUCUUAAUAUUUUUCUAUUAUUUAAAAUCCCUAACUGGUAAGGAACAUUUUUACGGAAUAAGUCUAUGUAUAUAUCAAGUGUAAACGUUUCUUCAAUGAAAGUUGUUUUUACUGUACGUUUUUGUAAGUUAAAUAUUAACUAGUAUUGACUAAAUGAUAUAAAUAAUUCAAUUAGAUGUAAGAAACAUUUAUUUGAUGUUUUUAAUUGUUGUUAACGAACCGAUUUAUUAAAAUAAAUGUUUGA